GUUUUUCGGACCUACGAACGUAAUCCCAGUCAGAAUAAAACUUGAAGACAAAUCUACUGUCCGUCCAAGCAGAACCAACUCCGCAACUCUUCACAAAGCCUUUCACACAUCCAUCACUUUCUCACCCCAGCCAUGACUACCGACGACGAUUGGAGGGAGAAGAACCGCACGGUUCGGAUUCUAAAUGACGCCGAAGAGGGCAAGUACGGUGUUAUUGCCGCAAUUGCCUACAAUCUCGAGCAGAUUCUAGGCCUGGUCAGAGCCGCAGAGGAGUCUCGAUCCCCGCUCAUCAUCCAGUUCUUUCCUUGGGCCAUCACCUUCUCAGAUGGUCUCCUAGUACGCACAGCCGCUGAUGCUGCUCGCCGUGCUACCGUCCCCAUUUCAAUCCACCUCGAUCACGCCCAGGAUGAGGCCUUGAUCAUGAGAGCGGCCGACGAGUUGCCAUUUGACAGCAUCAUGGUCGACAUGUCGCAUUACGAAAUGGCUGAAAACUUGGAGAAGACGGCGAAAUGGGUUAAAUAUUGCCAUGAGAGACAGAUCGCCACAGAAGCCGAGCCGGGUCGUAUUGAGGGAGGAGAAGACGGUGUCAUGGACACGGCUGGUCUGGAAGCAAGCAAAACCACUCCUGAGGAGGUGGAUAACUUCAUCGCGACGGGUGUUGAGUCUCUGGCGCCAGCAUUCGGAAACGUCCAUGGCGAAUAUGGACCAGAAGGCCCUCAGCUUGACUUUGAGAGGUUGGCCGAAAUCCGUACCCAGGCCAAUAAAAGAGUGAGGCUUGUUCUCCACGGAACCAACGGUUUUGCUCCCGACCUGCUGAAGAAAUGCAUUGCGGCCGGAGUUUCCAAAAUUAACGUUAACAGAUUAGUGCUAGAUGAUUACUAUAUCCACUUGCGUUCCCAGGCACCUCAUCUCUCCCAUACGACCCUUUUGGAGGAGGGUGUUGAGAAGGUGGUGGCGCAGACCGCUGAGUGGAUGGGUAUUUGUGGUUCUGCCGGAAAGGCCUAACUGUUUGGUGGAGGGACUAAAGCGGCAUGAGUAAAUACAAGAGACAGAGC